GGAGGACAAAAUCAUCUCUUUUGUAAAGAAGGAGCUGAAGAAGGUCCAGAAGGUUCUGAGUCCAGAUUACCCAGAAUGCUUAAGGAGUCAGAGGGAGGAUGAGGAUGAUUUGGAGGGUGAGGAUGAAGAGCAGAGGAAGAGGAGCAGAGAGGCUUUGAUGAAGAUCACAGUUUACAUCCUGAGGAGCAUGAAGCAGGAGGAGCUGGCUGAGCGUCUGCUGAGGAGACAAGCUGCAGUUUCUAACCUUAAAUCUCGUCUGAAGCAGAGGUCCCAGUGUGUGUUUGAGGGCAUCUCUAAGGCAGGAAACCCAACCCUUCUGAAUCAGAUCUACACAGAGCUCUACAUCACAGAGGGAGGGACUGCAGAGGUCAAUGAUCAACAUGAGGUCAGACAGAUUGAAACGGCAUCCAGGAAAACACACAGACCAGAAACAACCAUCAGACAAGAAGACAUCUUUAAACUCCCACCUGGAAGACAUCAACCAAUCAGAACAGUCCUGACAAAGGGAGUAGCUGGCAUUGGGAAAACAGUCUUAACACAGAAGUUCACUCUGGACUGGGCUGAAGACAGAACCAACCAGGUCAUCCACUUCCUGUUUCCAUUCACCUUCAGAGAGCUGAAUGUGCUGAAAGAGACAAAGUUCAGCUUGGUGGAACUUCUUCAUCACUUCUUCUCUGAAACCAAAGAAAUGUGCAGCUUUGAWGAKUUCCAGCUGCUCUUCAUCUUUGAUGGUCUGGAUGAGAGUCGACUUCCUCUGGACUUCCACAGGAACCAGGUCCUGACUGAUGUCACAGAGUCCACCUCAGUAGAUGUUCUGCUGACAAACCUCAUCAGGGGGAACCUGUUUCCCUCUGCUCAUCUCUGGAUAACCACUCGUCCUGCAGCAGCCAAUCAGAUCCCUGCUGACUGUGUCCACAUGGUGACAGAGGUCAGAGGCUUCACUGACCCACAGAAAGAGGAGUACUUCAGGAAGAGGUUCGGAGAUGAGGAGCAGGCUAGCAGGAUCAUCUCCCACAUCAAGACCUCACGAAGCCUCCACAUCAUGUGCCACAUCCCAGUCUUCUGCUGGAUCACUGCUACAGUUCUGGACCAUGUGUUGAAGAGCAGAGAGGGAGGAGAGCUGCCCAGCACCCUGACUGAGAUGUACAUCCACUUCCUGCUGGUUCACACCAAAGUCAAGAAGGUCAAGUAUGAUGGAGGAGCUGAGACAGAUCCAGAGUGGAGUUCAGAGACCAAGGAGAUGAUUGAGUCUCUGGGAAAACUGGCUUUUGAUCAGCUGCAGAAAGGAAACCUGAUCUUCUAUGAGUCAGACCUGACAGAGUGUGGCAUCGAUAUCAGAGCAGCCUCAGUGUACUCAGGAGUGUUCACCCAGAUCUUUCAAGAGGAGAGAGGACUCUACCAGGACCAUGUGUUCUGCUUCGUCCAUCUGAGUGUUCAGGAGUUUCUGGCUGCUCUUCAUGUCCACCUGACCUUCAGCAAACAUGGACUCAACCUGAUGGACAAACAUCAAACCAACUCCAAGAAGUCUAAACUUUUUAAGAAAGUAAAACUAAAGUAUGUCCAUCAGAGUGCAGUGGACCAGGCCUUAAAGAGUCCAAAUGGACACCUGGACUUGUUCCUCCGGUUUCUCCUGGGUCUUUCUCUGCAGACCAAUCAGACUCUCCUACGAGGCCUGCUGGCACAGACAAGUAGCUCACAGACCAACCAGGAAACAGUCCAGCACAUCAAGAUGAAGAUCAGUGAGAAUCUGUCUGCAGAGAAAAGCAUCAAUCUGUUCCACUGUCUGAAUGAACUGAAUGAUGCGUCUCUAGUGGAGGACAUCCAACAGUCUCUGAGGACAGGAUGUCUCUCCACAGAUAAACUGUCUCCUGCUCACUGGUCAGCUCUGGCCUUCAUCUUAAUGUCAUCAGAAAAAGUUCUGGAUCAUUUUGACCCAAAGGAAUAUUCUACUGACCAGAGGGUUAUUAAGAGGCUGCUGCCAGUGGUCAAAGUCUCCAGAAAAGCUGUACUGACUUCCUGUUUUCUGUCAGAGACAAGCUGUGGAGUUAUAUCCUCAGUUCUCAUCUCUCAGUCCUCCACUCUCCAAGAACUGGACCUGAGCAACAAUGACCUGCAGGAUCCAGGAGUCCAGCUGCUUUCUGCUGCCCUGAGGAGUCCACACUGUCACCUGGAGACUCUCAGGUCAGGACUGAUUCACAUCUAACAGCUCACCUGUAGAAGGUGGAGGGAGGAGCUUCAGACAGAUGACUGGAGGAUUUAGAGCUGCUUCUAAAUGCAGACCACAGAACAUCAUCCAGACUUCUUCUCUUCAAACUGAAAGUUUAGCUUCCAGGUUUUGUCUGAUUUUCUCUUAUUUAGAAACAGAAGACUGACUAACAAUCAAAGUCUCUGGAUCAGUGGCAGAGUGUGGAAACUUUUCAGCCUAGGAGUUUAAUGGCCAAGACUGGUCCAAUUUUUGUACAAAUAAAAAAUUAGGCAAAGAUGUAGCACUAGCAUGUAAUAUUUUUGUUUUCUGUAUUCACCGAUCAAAACCUGCCUCUUCACACUUCAUCAACAACAAAGUAAAUGUUUCUGCUGUGGUGCAAUAAUGUGUACUCAAUCACACCUACUGUAUAUGAUGU